AUGCGCUGGUCCUUUAUCCGCUCGCUAGCAGCCGCCACGUUCGCCACCGCUCUCUUCACUGCCCCCGCUUUUAGCUCCGACGUCGCCCGGUCCCGUCCAUCCGAUGCCAUUGCACCGUCCUCCCGCCUCGCCGACGCUCUUCGCCGUGUCCAGACCGAGAACGCCGUCGUACGGGACCUCAGCGACGCUGCGCUCUCGCCGCUCGUGUCUUCCGUCGACCGUCGUCACGCUCUCGUGCAGCUGGGGGACAUGUACUUCUACGGCAACCGCUCGCUCGACACGCGCGUGAACGGCUCGCUGGCCAUGCGGCUGUACGCCGAAGCAGCGGAUCUGGGCGCGCCGCGAGCGCAAUUCCACGUGGGCGUGGCGCUGAGCUACGGACUCUGGGGCUUCCCAUUGGACGAAGCUGCUGCCAUGACGCGCUAUUACUUUGCUGCUCUCGGUGGGGACACGGGCGCGGCUAUGGCGCUGGGCUACAAACACGACACGGGCCAUGGUGCCCCUAAGAAGUGCGAGUCUGCCGUGCGGUACUAUGAAGUGGCAGCUGAUGACGCAGUGGCGAGACGGGAACGGAACGUGAGUCUCCCGGUCAUGUACGACCUGCCACAGCGCCGACUCAAGACCAUGGCAGAGGAGCAGCACAAGAAGAACCCGCCGGGUGACAGCGCGAUUGUCGACUACUAUCGCUUUUCGGCGGAAAAAGGCGAUCCUGAUUCUACACUGAGUUUGGCAACGUUGUACUACUACGGCGUGCGUGGAUUGACACAAGAUUUGGAGCGUGCAGCUCUCCUUUUUCAGAAGGCUUAUGAUCUGGGAUCUAGUGAAGGCGCGUACCGCCUCGGACACAUAUACAGCUAUGGUAUUGGUGUUAAACAGGACAAUGUCACGGCGGCUAAGUAUCUGCAAGAGGCAGUGACUGAGGGCAUUGCUGCAGCGCAGAAUGAGUUGGCGCACAUGCAUUUGGUUGGAAAAGGCGUUGAAGUGAACGAGCUACGAGCGGUGGAGCUCUUCAAGGCUGCAGCAAAGCAAGGCAACAUGGAGGCAUUUUACAACUUGGGUGUGCUGCAUAUGCGGGGUGAGAGUGCGAUGGGCAUCUCACUAGCACUGGAUCACCCCGAAUACGAGGUUGCCUAUGGUUUCUUUCAGGUAGCUGCGCAUCGAGGCCACACUAUCGCGAGUCAAAAGGUUGGUCACAUGAAGCUGCAUGGAAUCGGUACCACCCGCUCGUGCAAGACUGCAGUCGAUUCAUUCAAAUUGGUGGCCGAGCGUGGAGAAGGGGAACGUGUGCUCGCACAGGCUUAUAAAGAUUACGAGCGCCAAGACUACGAAGCGGCUUUUAUGAAGUACGCUGUGUUGGUACAGCAAGGCUACGAGGUCGCUCAGCAUAACGCUGCGUACCUGUUGGACAAUGGCUUCUUGUCUCCGUCUUCGCCAAUGCUGUCGUUAGCGUCUUCAAGCCUUGUACUCGAAGCAGAGGUCGUGGCUUCAACCGCACUGAAGCUGUACAGGCUGGCGGCACAGCAGGGCAAUGUGGACGCAGACUUGAAGAUUGGCGAUUACUUUUACUAUGGUAAAGGAGGCAAUCCGGUGGACUUUGCUAAGGCUAGUGCGCACUAUUCCCUUGCGAGCAAGCGGUCCAAUGCAGAAGCCACGUUCAAUCUUGCGGUGAUGUACGAGCACGGAAUUGGCGUGGACCGAGAUUUCUAUCUGGCCAAGCGCUACUUUGACAAGGCGCGUGUCGCUCACAGCGAUGCCAACGUACCAGUAGCGCUCGCACUAUGGAAAUUGCGAGUUCACAAGUAUUUCUGGUCAUGGAAAAGAUGGUGGAAUGAGCUGGUAGGUGAUGUCCAGCUGUCGACCGAGAACGGGUCGUAUCCAUCUGCUUCAUCCGAUAUCGCGGCCAGCAUCAAUCAAAACGUUGCCGACACAGAAGUGGGCACUGGUUCUGCUCUGCUCUCUUGGUUGAAGAAGUGGUGGUCAGGUGACGUGACGUUGAGCAUGGACACGAUUUGGCGUGUCACAUUCGGCGAGCUCUUUCAGUCUGACAAUUUCUUUAUCUUUGUAUUGAUGAUCGCUCUCGGCGUCGUUGUUUACAUCCGUACCGAGCGACAGCACAUGUGA